AUGACGAACCACGGCACGAAGAACACUUCGGACGCUCAGUUCAAGAAGACCCAUCAGGAGGUUGGCCGCCCGGAGACGACGGACCACAGCCUGAACGACGAGUUCUUCAAUCGCCCGCCGCAGAACAUUGACACUGAGAUCGAGCUGCACACGCGCGAGCCGAUCGAGCACUUCACGAAGGUGCCCAAGUCGGACGCAGAUGCUGAGGCGAUGGGCGGGGGUGUUAACGGCGACGAGGGGAAGGGUAGGCCAAAGCACGAUGUCAUCGACGGCCAGCAGAUCCAGGACAGCUCUGUGCACGCAUGA